GGGGAGGAAAUCCAGUCCGGGUUUUGAUUGCACAGGGACUAUUGGGCUGCGAGGAAUGGCUAGUGAGGAGGGGAGAGGGGGCGGUGGUGAAAAACACACAACACAAACAGCUCGAGCGCCGCCGGAGAGCGGGGAACGAUAGGCCCGGGAGCCGGCGGCUGGGGCAGGGCCCGGGCGAGGCGCAGCGGCCGGCUCGGGCCGCUUGCAUGGAGCCCUCGGAGGCAGACUGCACAGGCUGUGGCUCCCCGCGGGAAGCGCCGGAGGCGGCCCACCGCUCGCACACACCCACCGUCGCCGCCCGCAGCCGCGGCUCUGCCCGGCACUAGGAGAAGCCGGCAGCCCGCCUCCUGCCCGGGCUGGUCGGUGGGGCUCGGGCGGAGGAGAGGAGCAGCCGCCGCCGCCGCCGCCGCCGCUGCGACCCAGCGCCUUAGCACGGGCACUUGCAUGCCUUGGGAGGUGGCCCCAGCGGCCCCUUGUAGCCCCGACCCCCGGCGGGUUGCGCCUCGAGCGACAGCCCGACCCCGAGGAGGAGGAGGAGGAGGAGGAGGAGGAGGAGGGCGAGGAAGAGGAGGACGAGGAGGAGGAGGAGGUGGUGGUGACAAACUCUCCCGCUUUGCACUGCGGCCGGGAGCCCCUGCGCCAGGCAUGCAGGCUCGGCGUUUAGCCAAGCGCUCCAGCCUGGGGAGCCGCCGGGGGGGCGCAGCGCUGCAGCCGCCGCCGGGCCCGGCAUUGGCUAAGGAGGGCGCCCUGCCCGGACUGCCGCCCCUGGCCCCGGCCCGGGAGAGCUGGAGGCCGCCUCCCCCGCCUCGCCGAGCUGGAGCCGGGUCCGGGGCCGCCCCCCCUCCCGCCGCCGCCGCCGCCGCCGGCGCAGCCACGGUCCCCGCCCCGGUGCUGCUGCUGUUGGAGGAGGAGGAGGACGGCGAAGAGGAAGGGGGGAGACGACGGAGGGGGCGCGGGAGGUUGGAGGGAAAGCCCCGGGGGGGCACGGAGGAGGAGGAAGACGACGAAGAGGACGACGAGGACGAGGAGGUGGUCGUCGAGGUGGUGGAGGAAGACGAGGAGGAGGACAUCGAGGAGCGCUUCGUGCCCCCGGCGGCCCCAAAGGGCCAGCCCCGGGGCUCGAUGAAGGCUGGGAGCAUUAAGCGUGAAAUGACCUUCACCUUUCAACAGGAGGACUUAAAACGUGACUUUAGUAAAAAAAUAUCCUAUCAACAAUUGUUCCCUUUGGCCAUGGCAGAAGAUGUGAGAACAGCUGACACCAAAAAAGCCCACAGAGUCCCUGAACAUGAAAAAGAGAACACUCGAUCCAUCUGUCUCCUGGAACAAAAACGCAAAGUUGUUUCGUCAAAUAUUGAUGUUCCUCCAGCAAGGAAAUCUUCAGAAGAGCUGGAUAUGGAUAAAGUAACAGCAGCAAUGGUACUAACCAGUUUGUCCACCAGCCCUUUGGUUCGAAGCCCUCCUGUGAGGCCAAAUGAGGGCCUCAGCGGAUCUUGGAAAGAAGGGGGAUUUGUGCCUUCAAGUACAAGCAGUAGUGGGUACUGGAGCUGGAGUGCCCCCAGCGAUCAAUCCAACCCAUCCACCCCGUCUCCACCUCUGUCAGCCGAUAGCUUCAAGCCUUUCCGAACACCCACUCAGCCAGAUGAUGGCAUUGAUGAAACAGAAGCAAGCAACCUUCUCUUUGAUGAACCUAUUCCCAGGAAAAGAAAGAACUCCAUGAAGGUAAUGUUCAAAUGCCUUUGGAAAAACUGUGGGAAAGUAUUGAGCACAGCUGCUGGAAUCCAGAAACACAUCAGAACCAUUCAUCUUGGACGCAUAGGUGAUUCAGAUUAUAGUGAUGGAGAAGAAGAUUUUUACUACACAGAGAUCAAACUCAAUACAGACUCAGUAGCCGAUGGGCUCAGCAAUCUCUCCCCAGUUUCUCCCUCUCAGUCCUUGGUAUCUCCUCCAACAUUCCCUGCCUUGGAUUCCAGCCGUACUGAAACUCCAUGUGCCAAAACGGAGCCAAAAUUGAUGACGCCUCUGAGCCAAUCAGCUCCUACCACCCUCUACCUCGUACAUACUGACCAUGCUUACCAGGCUACUCCCCCGGUGAACAUUCCAGGAUCCACAAAGUUCUCUCCGAAUGGCAGCAGCUUUAGCAUUUCUUGGCAGUCUCCACCAGUUACCUUCACAGGCAUUCCAGUUUCCCCAACACACAAUCGUCCUGUGGGCAUAGGAGAGCAGAGACAACAACAGACUCAUUCAGUCCUGUCUUCACCUCCCAGAGGAUCAGUCAGCUUAAGAAAGCCACGGGGGGAGGGCAAGAAAUGCCGGAAGGUUUAUGGCAUGGAGAAUCGAGAUAUGUGGUGCACUGCCUGCCGUUGGAAGAAGGCCUGCCAAAGGUUCAUUGACUGAAGAGCAGAAGCCUCAAAGGUGCGGGGUGUGGAUGCCCAAGAGCCUGCCUACAGCUGCCCUUGACACUCUUCCUGCCCUCUCUUUCCACUCCUGGUUUUGAAAAGAGCUUUUUUGCAUUAACCACAAAAAUGCAUUCGUAGCCAAGGUGAAGCCCUUCAAGAAACCUGUGUGUGGAAGAACAGCAAAAAAAAUUUUAAAGUAACUAGCAUCACCAACCAGUAUCCAACCUGGAGCAGCUAUAACUUUUUUUUUAGUUUAAAAAAAAAAGUUAAUCUUUUGCUCUGUGACUUCCUUACCACCCUGGCCCCAGUAGAUCUUGUAACUGUACUGUGAACUUCUGUAGCAGUUAAAACAACAAACCCUUUUUGCCCUAGAAUGGAGGUAUCUUUUGCUAUGUUUUCUGACUAACAUACCUUCCAAGAUUUUUUUCUGACACUUUAAAAAAAACAACCUACCACAUAAGCUACAGUUUAUUCAACAGCAUUUGUACAAAGAAUGGACUCUACUUCUUAAUUUCCCAAUGUGAACAGUCUUGCUUCUCUUUCCCAUUUGACUCCUUGGAGCCAUGCAUAUUCUGCUGUGCUAUAGGGACAAACAGCACUCAUGAUUUCGUUUCCAUUUGGGGUUUUCUUUUUUAAAAAAUGGCCACACACCAGAAGUCCUGUGGGAGCUAUUAACCUGUAAGCCCCUUGGGACUUUUAAGAACACACAAAAAAAUAACAUAUGAUGGAAAUCACCAGCAAACUUCAGCCAUGAGCUGAGAUCAGGAAAUCCAAUUGUCAUCAUUGGUAAACAUCUGGGAGCUUCAUUUAGUUUCCCAAGAAGCUUUUUCUAAUUGCUUGGCUUUUUAUGAUGUAGUGGCCAUGCCAUGAGAGGCAGCAUUCUGCUUCUCUCUACCUUGCUUCAACUCCAUCAAGAACUGGUCCAUGUAGCCAUCUGGGUAACCCUUACUUUUUUUCAGGGAUGUGAUCCAAACCAGCAGCUCAGCUCUGUUUACUAUUAUUGCUUGUUUGUGAGACUGUUGCCAGUGUAAUGGGUCACUAGUCCUUUCCACAAAAAAAAAAGAAAAAUUCUUCAACUGUUUUCCGAAAAGGUAUAAAAAUCAGCAAUGUCCCAUACAGAUUAAACCUGUGAGGCUGGCUUUAAGUGCAAAGCAAGCCUACAUAGUGUCAUCCAUUCUAAAACAUCAUUUUGAAGUUAGAAAACUAAUUCCUAUUUUGAGUGCACUUUUAUAGAUUUUUAUGCUUUUUGCAUGUCUGGUAUAUGGGUUAAUGAAUACUAUAGAUCUUUAUUGGGGUUAAUGCAAGAUACAGACCUUUAUUUUUUAUCAUUUGAAAAAUUUGGGGCUAUUUAUUGAUAAUUAUCAGAAUGGAGAAAAUACAGUAAACAAAAAGAAAAUGCCAUGUUGGAUGUAUACAAGGUGUAGUUAUAGGAAUAUCUCUGUUUAGUAGGGUUAAUAUUUAAAAACCAUAGUAUGUGUAGGAUCUAAGGUCUUAGCUUACAAAAAAAAUUAUUUGAGAGCUAGGCCUAGCCCUACAAAUAAGUUAAUUUUCCAUCCAAUCUAAAACUUAUUGCCCUACUUAAACCUUACUUUCUCCUACUCCUGUGCAAAGAAGAAUAGCACCUUAGAGAUGUAUUGUGUAGAACUCGAAAAUUAUCAUCAGCCAUAGGAAUGUUAAAAUAAAAUUGCACAAAGGAAGGGUGUUACUGUGUUUAGAAAUUGUAUAUACUUACAUAUACAAAUUUCUAAAAUGAAAUCUUUUUUAUACCUGAUUUUCCUUUUUAUAUUUAAAAAAAAUAACAAAAGGAAGUACAGGUAGGUUGCACAGUGCAAUAUUCUGGCCUCCAUUAUUUAUGCUUAAUUUUUGGCACAUAGAGAGAAUCAUGGUCUUUUGUUUCUUAUGGGUUAAUGAUCAGCCUGGUUUUACCAUUUCAGUUUUAGUCAAUUCUACUGAUAAUUCUUUAAAACUCCUUUAAUUCCAGAUAUUGGAAUAUACCAUUUGUACAACCCAACUUCAGUACCAGAAUUCUUGGGGGGAAAGUACUUUUUAAUACUGACUAUAUAGUAUGAUAUUCCCUGAAUCAGCUAUGAAAACAGUCUUUGAAAAAUUCCAUCAUCUUCUCACACAUUUAUUUGCCCCUAGUCUCACCACCCCCUCAAAAACAAGAUUCUUUUUUUCCCUCUCGUCAUUGUGCCUAUCAUAAGACUUCUUAAACCAAGAUAACACUACUCACCCACUCAGUAGGAUGGUUUUAUGUAUGGUUAAGGAUUUGUUCUGAUUUCUUUUAUGACUAGCUACUAUGAUCAAUGAUCAGAAUCAAGGCCUCCGUCUGUGACUAAAAAAUGGAAUUUUGUCUACUCUAUGAAGCUCCUUGACCUAUUUGCAGAUAGAAUCUAUUCCUUGGUUUUGUUUGUCUGAUUAGCCGAUAAUGAAGAACUGAAUUCUCCACAUUCCAUGAGAUCUAGGUGUAGGGGAGAGCUCUGCACAGGAUCAGUUUCUGUGGCCAUUGCACUCAACCCCUACCUCCACACCCCUCUAUCCCCACUCCCAAGGAGAUAUUCCACUGUGGAUGAUGUUCUCCAGAAAUACUUUAGAUAACCUUCCCUCCCCAACUUCAGUCAUCAUCUGAUUUUCAGAACCAGUACAACUGUAAUGAGAGGCAUCUGCAUCCCAGCCACUUACUUCCCUAGAGUGCCUACACAAAACAUCACUUCGGUUUAAAGCAAGAGUUCCUAACUUUUGGGGAGGUCGUUGACUCAUUUGGCAGCCUGGCUAAGCCAAUGGACCCCCUCUCAGAAUAAUAAUCUUAAUAGAUAUUGUUAUAAAGAAAAUCAAUUAUACUGAAAUAAAUUACCAAAAUACUUUUUAGAGCACAAGUUUGUAGAUCCCAGGUUAAGAACUCCUGGUUUAAAACCAUCAUUGUUCAUACUGAGUCACCAAAUCAGCCAAGGAUGAGCAAUACAAAAAAAAAGGUGCAGAGAUUUUCGUUCUAACUGGUUUCUAGACAGCAGGUUUUUAUUGGGCACUAGACUAUGUUCCAAGGCUAGGGAUACACAGCCCUGACUUUGCUUUUAUAACACAUAUCCACAUUGACAUAUGAACAACCCAAGCCCCAUAUUUUGGUAUUUGAGGUAGCUGGGAGAUAUAUUUUUCCUAGUUGACGUACAAGAAGGGGAAUUGUUACUUCUUAAAUAUAAACUUAGGAAAGUUGUGGUGGUAGUGGUUGUUGUUUUUAAUCCAAAAAAUAAUUCCAAUCUACAAAAACAAAUUAUUUUAUCUAUUUUUAAGAGAAGUAGGGUAAUUUGGUUAUAAUUAUUUAUCUCAUGCCAAAUUAAACUAUACGUUCAUUUUAUAAUGUUAUAUUGGUCAAUAUAUCACCUUAAUUCUUCAUUUGGUAGUUGGAAGAAGAGGAAGGAAAGAAGUUGACUUCAUUCUAAAAGCUCCAGUUACUCUCUUGUUACUUAUGUAAAUGCCUCGUGCAACACACUGGAGCUCUGCCCACACAGAAGGAGUGGCAAGAAUAUGAAUUAAGGUCCAAAAAUAUUUCCAAAAGCAUCUCUGUGAUUGUCACUUUGAUUUUUCACAAAGUUUCCUGUCUUCUCUAUAGAGGGCAUAUCUUUACUGCCAACAUUGUAGAGCCCAACUAUCUGAAAAGACAAUGAUACCCUAUAUGUACUGUGAUCAGCAUGGCCACUUCCAAAAUCAGGCAUCCUUUAUCUUAAUAAUUCUUAUAAAAAGCUUUUGCCAAAGCUCCUCAGUGCUUUCCAGUAGAGAUGUACCAAACUUCUUUGAAAGGAGAACUUGAAAAGUAGAGAAGAAGGUUCCCAUAGGAGGACUCAGGUGGGAGAUGGGGGAAGAGACCUUCUGGCAGCAUAGGCAGGAGUUCAUCUACCUUGCACAGAUUUGAGUGGUGCUAUGACCAAACUGAUUUUAGGGGCUCACCUUUGCACCUCAAAUCAUGACACCAUCAUGGCUCUCUGAAAAGAAAACAGACUGCAGGCUCAUCUAAGGAAGAGGGAAAAGCCCUGAUGAACAAAAGCUUCCAUUACUUGGAUAGAAAGGUCACUUCUCUUCUUAAUACAAAACACAGCAUGGAUGCUCCCACCUCAUCAUCCUAUACAUGUUGGCCAUUUUUUCUUCUCUAGCUGGGAGCACUGGGGGUAGUCACAAGCAAUGAAUUCACUCACCCAGCAUACUCUGUGCUCUACAGCAUAUUUUUGUCCAUAAACUGUGACCUGGGAGGCACAAAGGGAGAUAAAUGCUGUGCUGAAGUACCACUUUUAUUACAGAAUUGCCUUUCUGGUCAUAACUGUUAUCUGCAAAUGAAACUUUUCAGCUGAGUGAUGCAGUUGUUAUAGGCCUUUGACUUUCCAUGAAAUUUUAGCAUAAGGAUUCAUUUGCAUGGUAGAAAUGAGUUCUGAAAAUGAAGUCUAACCUAUGAACUUCAAAGUUGAUAAUUAAAUGUAAGUGGACUCUGUCUUUUACUUUUACUAAGCUACACUGGAAAGCAGCUCUCAGUUCUAAAUCCAGAAUCAGUGCUGCAAAUGUUUUAAUUUUUUUUUCCUCUCAAAGGCUUCAAUGGAAAGGGGAAAAUGCAGCAUUCAUCUAGCCUGAGAAGUGACUAAAAUUGUAUAUAAUAAUAGCUCGCUUUUAGACAGUGCUUUACCAUUUACAAAGCACUUUACACACAGUCUCAUUUAAUCCUAUGAGAGCAGUAGGGCAAGUGUUAUUCACCCUCCUCUCGCUUUUAAUAUAAAGUAGAAUACCUUGGUAAUAGUUGCAAAAUAAUGUAAAUAGUACUCAUUUCCUCAGGGAAAAUUAAAGGGCAGAACAUUUGUAAAUUAGGUCUGGUGGACCCUAACAGGAGUAAGAGUUUUAAUAUGUAUUUUUAGUGUUUUUUCUAGUCAAAGCUAUGUAGCAAAAUGAAGAUGAUGUCUAAAUUCAGAGAAGACCACAGUAAAGGGGAGGCCACUGUCUUAGGUAGCAUGCAGCUCCUCCCCUGCCGUGUGAGUCUCCCUUAAGGAAUAGGUAUAUAUUUAUAGCUGAUCUGAAGUUCUAAGAUUGGAUUUGAAUCCCAAACAGAUAUUGCCUGUGGCUUCUCCAGCCCUGCAGUUGUUUGUUGACUUUGUAUAAAGCUUUUUUGAAUGUACUUGUAAACAUGAAGUUUUGUCAUCUCCUUCUACAAUCCCUCAGUUAAAUAGCUAUAUUAUAGAAGUGGAAGUCUGUACAACAGAAGCAGUUUAAAAUGUGUUUUGCACUCCAUAGCAUGCUGUAGUGCAAACCUAGAAGUACCUUCAUGGGUAAGGUACUCCUUUCUUCCAGAUACUGUCAAAUUUAGAUCGAUCUUUCUUCAUGUCUUCUGUAGCGCUGACCCAAGUGGAAGCUAGGUAGAAUUCAUGAAUAUAAAUGAGAGCCAAAGCAAGGUAGGAUUCAUGAAUACAAAUGUGGUUGUGGAGCAUAUUAUAGAGUGCUCUAGGCACAUAGGUCUAGUAGAAAUUCAUCUCCAUGAGAAAACAACUACCAGAGUUGCACAUAACAAAGUCUCCACCUUCCUCAAGCCUACAGCAAUUUCUCCUUAUUAGAACUUCUUGGUAGAGUCCUUUUGCAUCUCAGUUUGCUCAUUCAAGUAGCAUUAAAACUUUUAGGUGACAUUAUUAACAUUCACUCUCACCCGGAUAGCUUAUAGAAAUAAAAAUUACAGUAGACUAAUGGGUUUUCUCUGUAUAGAUAGCAAUCCUGCCUUGUAAGUCCCCAGGAAGCAUAAAUGCAUGAUUUCCCAGGCUUGUGUUUGUCAUAGGAAUGGUAAUCAAAGGAGGGAUUAUUCUUCUGAUCAUUUUUAUAUAUAGUUUUUUGUUUAGUUUCCUUGUUUCACAAAACAAUCUCAUUCUGUGUAACUUUGCUGUUAGUCUGGGAUUCAGAACGCUAUUUGAUCAGAUCAGUAUGUAAAUUUAAAUAACACUAAAAUGAACUUAAAUUGGUUUGGGGGAGUUUUUUUGUUUGUUUUUUUUAAACCUAUUUAAAAAUCUCCACCCUUCUAAGAAGCAAGAGACUCUACUAAUAAGCUCUGGUGCUUGACCUCUUGAGGGGACCAAAAACAUUUUUCAAGAUGCCCGGUGCUUUGUCAGCAGCAGCACAGGCUGCAUCCUUGUGGUUAGAGGAGAUGCUAUUCAUCUCCAUGAAGCACACCUAGGGCAGUAUUUCUAUCAGGCAAGAAGGAGGAGGAGCAGCCUUUAAUACCAACAGUGCAACUCUCCCUAAACAAAGGGCUUCACCACUUGGAUUCCUAUUGACUGGUCACUCCCUAGGUCUCUUAUCUCACUGCAGCAAGGACAAGAAUAGGCUAAACUGAAGAUGUACAAUAAGAGAAUCCCCAAUUCAUAGCUCUUCUUUUCCACUAUCAUUACCAGAACCUAAAAUGGUGUUUCAGAGUACUG